AUGGACGCGUGGAAGUCGGUGAAGCCGUACGUCAACGGCGGGCUCGCCGGCAUGGGCGCUACAUGCUGCAUCCAGCCCAUUGACAUGGUCAAGGUGCGGCUCCAGCUGGGCGCGACGGGGGGUCCGUUCAAGGUCGCCAGCGACAUCAUCAAGCAGGACGGCUUCGGAUCGCUGUACAAGGGCCUGAACGCGGGCCUGGUGCGCCAAAUGACCUACACCACCGCCCGGCUGGGCCUGUUCAACAAGUUCAACGACGGGCUGAAGGAGAUGAACAAGGACACCGGGAAGGUCCCUCUCUGGCAGAACGCCGUCGCGGGGCUCGCCGCUGGCGGCCUGGGCGCGGUGGUGGGCACCCCCGCGGACCUCACGCUCAUCCGCAUGCAGUCGGACGCGACCCUGCCGGCCGCGGAGCGCCGGAAUUACACUGGUGUCAUGAACGCCUUCGUGCGGAUCACCAAGGAGGAGGGGUUCAUGGGCCUGUUCGCUGGAUGCGGCCCCACAGUGGUGCGCGCCAUGGCCCUCAACAUGGGCAUGCUCGCGUCGAACGAGGCGGCGAAGGACCUGCUCGCGUCGACCGCAGGGAUGGACAAGGGCACGCCGAGCAACACGUUCACCGCGGCCUUCAUCUCGGGCUUCUUCGCGUCGUUCUUCUCGCUUCCGUUCGACUUCGUCAAGACGCGCGUCCAGAAGAUGAAGAAGGGCCCUGAUGGCAAGUACCCUUACAAGGGGCCGAUGGACUGCGCGAUGCAGACGCUCAAGAACGAGGGCCCGCUCACGUUCUACACGGGCUUCCCCACGUUCUACGUCCGCAUCGCCCCGCACGUCACGCUUACGCUCGUCUUCAUGGAAGCCAUCAAAAAGUUCCAGGCCGAGUACGGCCUCUGA